GGCAACCAAAGCCUUUUGCGGCACGCAGACCCUUUGUGUGUAACGCCCCUUGCCGCACGACUGACUCGGAGAGUCAGGACUCGGGGCUCAGGACCCUGGGGGAGGACAAGGAGGCGGAUUAUAGUUUACUUCAACUCUCUCUCUCUUUCUGUCUCUACUUCCAUAUUAUCUCAUCAGCUUCAAGUCUCAAGUCUCAACUGAAUCUAAGAUCGCAGAGCAGAGCAGAGCAAUGGCGGCCAUAAGCUCUCUUGUUGUAAACGUCCCCCAAAUCCGUCCGUCCCGGAGAAUAAGCAGAGACGACGACACUUAUUUGAAUAAGCGGCUGAAUUCGGUGGUCUGUAUUCGCCGUGCUCGUGGCCCUCUUACCCCUUUACAUAUCAAUCGUCUGUCUUUACUUUCUCCAACCAGGCGUCUACUUGAAGCUGCUGCAGGUAGAUCAGGUGUACAUAGAAAGAAGAUUAAUGCUUGGGAACAAUGUGUCUCCAUGCUUGGAGAGCCAGUGACUGAAGCACUUUUUCCAGGAAAGUAUAACUGCAUUACUAGCUCUUUUUGCCAAAACAACGGUCGUCGUCGCUGUAGGACAUCUACACCGAGUGUCUUUAAUGACAGAACUUCUUUUUGUUUAUCCAAGCCUAAACUUGGCAAAGUUGCUGGCAAACAUGCUCAUGUUUCAUACGCAACCGUGGGCCCAGAUGAGCCACACGCAGCAAGUACAGCCUGGCAAGAUGGUAUUCUGGAGAAACAGGAGCUGGAUUUAUUAUAUCCUGGAGUAGAAAAAACAGAGUUAGAGGGGUUUUUAAGUUCUGAAAUUCCAUCUCAUCCAAAGUUGUAUCGAGGGCAACUAAAAAAUGGGCUGCGCUAUCUGAUCUUACCAAAUAAAGUUCCCCCAAACAGGUUUGAAGCACACAUGGAAGUUCAUGCAGGAUCAAUCGAUGAGGAAGACGAUGAACAAGGAAUUGCACAUAUGAUUGAACAUGUUGCUUUCCUUGGAAGUAAGAAACGUGAGAAACUUCUUGGGACAGGGGCUCGAUCUAAUGCUUACACUGACUUCCAUCAUACAGUGUUUCACAUCCAUUCGCCCAUUAGUUCAAAGGAUUCUGAUGGUGAUCUGCUUCCGUAUGUACUGGAUGCCUUGAAUGAGAUUGCUUUUCACCCGAAAUUCCUUUCUUCUCGUGUUGAAAAAGAACGGCGUGCGAUUCUGUCAGAAUUACAGAUGAUGAAUACUAUAGAUUAUCGCGUUGACUGCCAGUUAUUACAACAUCUGCAUUCUGAAAACAAGCUUAGCAAAAGGUUCCCGAUUGGGUUAGAAGAGCAGAUUAAGAAGUGGGAUGUAGAUAAAAUAAGGAAAUUCCAUGAGCGUUGGUACUUCCCUGCAAAUGCAACCUUAUACAUUGUUGGGGAUAUUGAUAACAUCUCAAAAACGAUUUACCAGAUUGAAGCUGUCUUUGGACAAACUGGCCUAGAAAAUGAGACAGUUCCUGCACCUGCUCCUAGUGCUUUUGGUGCAAUGGCUAGUUUCCUUGUGCCCAAGCUUUCAGUUGGGCUGACUGGAAGUUCUUCUAAUUCCGUUGAUCAAGCUAAAAUCUUUAAAAAGGAAAGGCACGCAGUUCGUCCUCCUGUGAAACAUAAUUGGUCACUUCCUGGAAAUAAUAUGGAUUUGAAGCCUCCACAGAUUUUUCAGCAUGAAUUGAUUCAAAAUUUUUCAUUUAAUAUGUUCUGCAAGGUUCCUGUGAGCAGGGUUCAAACAUAUGGUGACUUGCGAAAUGUUCUAAUGAAGAGAAUAUUUCUGUCUGCUUUGCAUUUCCGGAUUAAUACAAGAUACAAGAGUUCAAAUCCACCAUUUACUUCAAUUGAAUUGGAUCAUAGUGACUCUGGAAGGGAAGGUUGUACUGUCACUACUCUUACGGUAACUGCUGAACCCAAGAAUUGGCAAAGUGCAAUUAGAGUUGCUGUACAAGAGGUUAGAAGGCUCAAGGAAUUUGGUGUUACUAAGGGUGAAUUAACUCGCUAUAUGGAUGCCUUAUUAAAAGAUAGUGAACAUCUGGCGGCUAUGAUAGAUAAUGUGUCUUCUGUUGAUAAUUUGGAUUUUAUUAUGGAGAGUGAUGCGCUGGGGCAUACAGUAAUGGAUCAGAGGCAAGGACACGAGAGUUUGGUUGCUGUUGCUGGAACAGUUACUCUUGAAGAGGUCAACUCUAUUGGCGCCAAGGUGUUGGAAUUUGUUUCUAAUUUUGGAAAUCCUACUGCACCUCUUCCUGCAGCGAUUGUUGCUUGUGUUCCAAAGAGAGUGCAUGUAGAGGGAAUAGGUGAAACUGAGUUCACCAUUUCCUCUAAUGAGAUUAUAGCUGCUACGAAAGCUGGAUUGGAGGAACCCAUUGAACCUGAACCAGAGCUUGAGGUGCCAAAGGAAUUGAUAUCUUCGUUGCAGUUACAGGAAUUAAGGCAGCAGUGCAUGCCAUCCUUCAUUCCCCUUAGUCCAGAAAUAAAUGUGACUAAAGUUUAUGACAAAGAAACGGGGAUCGCUAAAUGUCGUCUGUCAAAUGGAAUUUCUGUAAAUUACAAGAUUUCAAAAAGUGAGGCAAGGGGAGGCGUAAUGCGGCUUAUAGUUGGCGGUGGACGGGCAGCUGAAAGUUCGGAGUUCAGAGGUUCUGUUGUUGUGGGUGUACGAACUCUUAGUGAGGGAGGUCGUGUUGGCAACUUCUCAAGGGAGCAGGUAGAACUGUUCUGUGUGAAUCACCUGAUUAACUGCUCAUUGGAGUCCACCGAGGAAUUUAUUUCUAUGGAAUUCCGUUUUACUUUAAGAGAUAAUGGAAUGCGUGCGGCUUUCCAGUUGCUUCAUAUGGUACUUGAGCAUAGUGUCUGGCUGGAUGAUGCAUUUGAUCGAGCAAGGCAAUUGUAUUUGUCAUAUUAUCGGUCCAUUCCCAAAAGCUUGGAGCGCUCAACUGCUCACAAACUCAUGUUAGCAAUGAUGGACGGAGAUGAGCGGUUUGUAGAGCCUACACCAAAGUCAUUGCAAAAUUUGACAUUGCAAUCUGUGAAGGAUGCAGUGAUGAACCAAUUUGUAGGCAGUAACAUGGAGGUAAGUAUUGUUGGGGACUUCUCAGAGGAGGAUGUUGAGUCUUGUAUUCUUGAUUACUUGGGAACCGUAAGAUCGAAAGAAAAUUAUGAGAUGGAGAAUGCUUAUAAUCCUAUCGUAUUCCGAUCAUCUCCUUCUGAUUUGCAGUCUCAGCAAGUAUUCUUGAAAGAUACGGAUGAGAGAGCAUGUGCAUAUAUUGCAGGCCCUGCACCAAACCGAUGGGGUUUUACAGUCGAUGGCAAAGAUCUGUUUGAGUCAGUUAGUCAUAUUUCAACUCACGAUGAUGCAGAACUGAAAUCGGAGGAGCUGCUUAUGGUGGAUGAGGAUACUCAGGAUGUGCAAAGAAAACUCCGUGGCCAUCCCCUGUUCUUUGGCAUCACAAUGGGGCUCCUGGCUGAGAUUAUAAAUUCUAGGCUUUUUACGACUGUCAGAGACUCUCUUGGAUUGACAUAUGAUGUAUCAUUCGAGUUGAACCUUUUUGAUAGGCUGAAUCUUGGAUGGUAUGUCGUAUCUGUAACAGUCAACCCCUGCAAAGGUGUUCACAAAGCUGUGGAUGCAUGCAAGAAUGUCCUUAGAGGUUUACAUGGCAACAAGAUUUCCCAAAGGGAGUUGGACAGGGCAAAGCGGACCCUUCUGAUGAGGCAUGAAGCUGAGAUCAAGUCAAAUGCGUAUUGGCUUGGACUGUUAGCUCAUUUGCAGGCUUCUUCUGUUCCAAGGAAGGACAUAUCUUGCAUCAAAGAUCUCACAAAUUUAUAUGAGGUUGCUUCUAUUGAGGACAUAUACCUUGCAUAUGAUCAAUUGAAAGUAGGUGAUGAUUCUUUGUACUCAUGCAUUGGAGUUGCUGGAGCUCAAGCAGUAGAUGAAAUAACUGAAGUCGAAGAAUCAGAUGAUGGCUUUCCAGGAAUCUUCCCUGUUGGGCGUGGUUUAUCAACUAUGACACGGCCUACAACAUGACCUUCUUAUAUGAUACUCGCAGUCUCGCAUGUAUUAAAGAGAUAUUUAGCACUAAGGUAUAUUCACAAGCUUUUGAGGUUCUUAUUUUUCUUCUAGUCUGGCCUUUAUGGGGGGAGGGCGCUGGAAAGUACUUUGUAAUGAAAUUUGGCUGCAAAGUACUGAAGUACUCACUUCUCUGAGGCGCUGAAAUUUUAUCCCGCCGGGGGGUUGCAGUAAAGUCCAAUGGAUGGCAUUUCCCCUUGUAUUUUGACUUUACAAAUUUGUCAGUAGGUCCAAUUGAGAAUUGCAGACCACUUGAUGUUAAAUGUCCUCAUUGCCAUAGUUGUGGCUGAACAAAUUGUAUGCAGCUGGUGUGACAAUGCCUCAUCCACUGAUGCUGAUUGCA